AUGAAUCGUUAUUGCUCAGUACUUUUCGUCGUGCUUUUUGCUGUAAUUUUUGCCUUUUACGGCGCUCUAGAGCCCAUUAAUGCCAUGGACAUGGACAAUAUGCCGGAAGACCCUGUAAGUGGCAAAAUGGUGAUGACCAAAGCUUACAAUUUUGAGCUCAAGAAUGGUCAAAAGCUGAAAUUUGCGAGUCAGGAAACGCUCGACAUGUUUUUGAAAGACCCCAAAAAUGGUUUGAAAGGUGUGGUUUCUCUUUCAGCGGUACACGAUCAUUCUCAUGACGACAAGGGAGACAAAAGCGUUCUGUGCCCUGUGUGUGGCAUGGUGUCUUCUCUAUCGAGUGGACCGCAAGUUAUAAUGAAGCACGGAGAACAAGCAGUGCAUACGUGUAGUAUGACACACGCACGCGAAGUAUACGACGAUAUCUUGUCUUUUCAGUCAAGUAAGGAAGGUGGUGCUGCUGCUGCUGGAAAGAAGACGCAAGGAUUCUGCUUUGGACCUGGUACGACCAUGCAAAACGGAUUUUCGGUUGCUCGUAGCUCGACGCCGUGCAUCUUGCUGUGGUUUCCUGGAUGGGUGCUGAAUACGCGUAUGCGGUACAUUUUUGGAGGAAUUCUUGUGGCACUUGUAGCCAUUUUCAACGAGUACUUGGUGCAGUUACGUCGUGUGCUGCGUAAGGAAAGCAGUGUCAAGCGCUUGAUGAGUAGCAAUGCGCCACGUACUGCGGAGAGUGUUCAAUUGCUGCGGUCUACAACGCAAAGCAUGCCCCCUAGCUCAAUCGUGUGGACCAAUUUGGUUCCGCAAGCUGUCGCAGGAGACGCAACACGGUGUUCAUUCUCUGCUGCACGGCGUUACGCUCUUUGUCGCCUAUAUGCUCAUGCUAGUGUCUAUGACCUACGACUUUACGCUGCUACUCUGGGUUGUUUCAGGUUACGUUGUGGGGCACUACAUUUUUGGCGAGCGCCGAGAAGCUCCUCUUUGCAGUGGAGAGAUGGAGUCUACUUUUUCAUAGGCCUGCCUCACUUGACUAGUGUGUUUGUUUCCGUUCAUGUGACAAGUAAUAUAAUGAAUGACGUUUACCCUACGCUUGGUUUGUUACGACGGACGACAAUGGAAGAUCUGAGGUACAUGUAUCGAGCAGCGCCGUUGUUGUAA